AUGUCUAAUCAUGCCUUGUCUUCUUUGAUAGAGGAGCAACCAGACACAGUUUCUCAGUUCAAAGGCUGUACAGUGAGCUCAUUCAAGACAUCAUACCUGAUUUCAUCCAAUAAUUGUCCAAAGAACAAGAUCAACAGUAAAGGAAGCAGCAAAAGGACAAAGCUCACUCAGACGUUGAAGACGCCAUCCAUUCCUGAAAUAAAUUGCAUCUUGGAAGCAGAUUUAUUGAGGAAGAACCCAUGUUCGACUAAAGGAAGUACAGUCAACAAACUGGAUGCACGUUUUCUUGAGCAAGUUCAUCGGAUCUUUUCAGAUUUGAAGAAGCAGUCAGCUGAGCUGUGCAACGCCCUAGCAGGUCUAGCACGACGCAUAUGUUGUGAUUUUGUGGAUCCAAGUGCUAUCCAGGCUCUUGUUGCAUGCCGUUUGAUUCCUUUAGACAAGAAUCCUGGAUUACGUCCAAUCGGAAUUGGUGAGACCUUCCGCAGGAUUAUUGCCAAGGCGAUAAUGAGAGUUAUCAAGGACGACGUCUGCCAUACUGCUGGACCUUUGCAAGUGUGUGCUGGACAAGAAGGUGGAUGUGAAGCGGCUAUUCAUGCGAUGCGCACAAUAUUUGACAACGAUGAGACUGAGUGCGUUCUUCUGGUUGAUGCCUCGAAUGCUUUUAAUUGCCUAAAUCGACGGGCAGCGCUUCACAAUGCUAGAAUCUUGUGUCCGGCUAUUGCAACGGUUCUCAUAAAUACAUACAGGGACGAGGUUUUGAUGUUCGUUGUGGGAGGCGAGAUAAUCAGAUCAGCUGAAGGAACAACACAGGGUGAUCCGCUGGCGAUGUCCAUGUACGCGAUUGGCAUCCUGCCGCUCAUCACUCAACUUCAAUGUGAAACCAAGCAAGUCUGGUAUGCUGAUGAUGCAACAGGUGCAGGGUGCAUUAGAGGUGUGAGGCAGUGGUGGAAUGACAUUGUCAAAGUCGGCCCCAAGUUCGGAUAUCACGCAAACGCUGUUAAAACUUGGUUGAUAGUAAAGCAGAACAAAUUGGAAGAUGCCCGCUCUGCAUUUGCUGAUACGGCAGUACAAAUCACAACAUCAGGUAAACGACAUCUAGGUGCUGCUUUAGGGCACCCUUCGUUUGUUCGUGAAUACGUUGACAGUAAAGUCAAUGAGUGGGUUCGUCAAGUGGAAAAACUAUCAACCAUUGCUGUAACUCAUCCUCAUGUCGCAUACUCAGCUUUUACUCAAGGUUUGGCCCAUCGCUGGUCCUAUCUCUUGAGAACUGUUCCAUCUAUAUCUGAAAUGCUCAAGCCGUUAGAAGAAGUCAUCCACCAACGAUUUUUGCCUAGACUGACUGGUCAACCAGUGUGCGGUGCAGACAUGAGAGACCUCUUGUCAUUACCUUGCAAUCUCGGUGGGUUGAACAUUUCUGAUCCGUCGAAGACUGCUGAAUCACUAUUUGCAGCUUCCGAGCACAUCACUGCGCCUUUGGCUGCUCUUAUUGUCGAACAAGAGAACGCCAUCACAGUGUCUCCAUUGGAAACAAAAAGAAGAAAAUCUGAGAUCAAGGCCAAGACACAAGAAUUCCACAAUGAGACCUUGGAGAAGUUGCAAACAAAUGCAUCACCGCAAAUAAAAGGGAGCUUGGAAGUCCUAUCCGAAAAGGGAGUAUCGAGCUGGCUUACCGUGCAGCCUAUUGAAGAGCAUGGUUUCCAUCUUGCCAAGAACGAUUUUCGUGAUGCUCUGUGCUUAAGAUAUGGCUGGCCUUUAUCAGAUUUGCCCUCGAAAUGUGAAUGCGGCCUCAGUUUUAACGUCGACCAUGUCAUGAUAUGCCAGAAAGGCGGCUUUCCCACGCUAAGGCACAACGAGAUCCGGAACAUCACAGCUGAUCUUCUAAGGGAGGUUUCUACAGAUGUUACAAUCGAACCUGUACUUCGUCCCUUGGAUGGAGAACAGUUUGCGCAUCGCACUGCCAUCACAGAUGAUAACGCUAGGGUCGACAUUUCUGCUAGAGGAGUGUGGAGGCAUGGAGAACGGGCAUUUUUUGAUGUGAGGGUUUUCUACCCAAACGCUGCUUCCAACCGCAAACACUCUUCACUCAAAUCCGCCUAUGUGAGUCACGAGAAUGAGAAGAAACGCGCUUACGGUGAGAGAAUUCGGGAAGUUGAGCAUGGGUCUUUCACUCCAUUAGUGUUUACGUCAUACGGAAGCACAGGCCCAGAGGCAACAACCUUCUAUAAGCGAGUGGCAAGUCUGCAUGCAGCCAAGUCAGGAGAGCAGUACAGUAGAAUUAUGCAAUUAAUUCGCUGUAGAUUGAGUUUUGCCCUACUUCGCUCGAGUAUACUGUGUAUCCGUGGAACAAGAUCCUCUACGUAUAGACCUAUCAAAGUGGACCUUGUUGUAUUACUACUACUAUAG